AUGACUCAAGAGGCCUCCACGUGGACACAAAGUGAGCUAGUAGUGCAAUUCACAUAUACUGUAACACUGUUCCACUACCAUGGCCACACGAUGGAGUGGGACGAGGAGUUCCAGUGGUCCAAGGAGGCCGUCCACUUCAGCGCCAGGAAGCAGACCAAAUGGUGGUUCGCCAAGAGGUUCCUUCACCCGAGCAUCAUGGCGCCGUAUGACUAUGUGUUCCUGUGGGACGAGGACCUCGGCGUCGACAACUUCACCGCCGAAGCGUACAUUGACAUCGUGAAGAAGCACGGGCUGGAGAUCUCGCAGCCGGGGCUGGACGCCACCAAGGGGCACAAGGCGUACGACGUCUCCGUCAAGAGAAACUCCGGCGACAUGCACAAGACUGCAGGGGGGAAGCAGUGCCCCGAUGUGCACCAGCGGCCGUGCAGCGGGUUCAUGGAGGUGAUGGCGCCAGUCUUCUCCAGGGAUGCUUGGAGGUGCGUGUGGCAUAUGAUCCAGAAUGAUCUGGUUCAUGGAUGGGGUCUUGACUUCAACUUCUGGAGAUGUGUCGAUGUACGUAGUUACUUGAUCAUAGAUGCACACAGCAUUUUCAUGGAUUCACUGAAGAACGCUUAAAUUAUGAAGAAAAUCGCUUUGAAAAACUGUGCACACCUGACAUGGCUCACUAUUUGUUGUUUGUUUUCGGUUUUGAACUGGCAGGACCCUGAAGAGCAAUUCGGCAUUGUUGACGCACAAUAUGUUGUCCAUCAUGGAGUGCCCACACUCAGAGAUCAGGUAACAUAACUUCAUCAAGUGAUUGCCCACAUGAUUCAAACUCGUGUCAGCCGAGAGACAUGAUCGCGCUCUUGCCAUUAGGCCAGGAACCCAUCCACGUGUUUUGAUUCAGGGUCCCCAUUAGUUGCAUCCCCAUUUUCCGCAAGAAAGACAAUUUUUUCGACAAAGGGUGAAUUUGUUUGGCUCAAAAUGGAGAAUAAAGAGAAUACAAACGCAAUGAGCAUCAAGAGGCCGCAAGAAACAUAUUAUGUAUGGUUGAAGCUUAAAGCAUGUAUAUUGGAAAGAUUUAGCAAAAUAUAUUGAAUUUUUACUGCAUAGGAAGGAUUGUACUGUCGUGUCAUCUUGAUUGAGCACCGAUAAUUAAAAGGUGCUAACAUAAUAUUUAUCAAGCACAAAGUCAUACAUCAUAAAUUGUUUAAGCA